GUUGUUUACGCCUCAGCAAACGGAAUACAGCUGUUGAAUUUUAUAGAAGUGUUGUUUAUUACAUACGUGUGGUGCCCAGAGUUACAUGGACUACAAGGAUAACCAUAUUUGGCAUAUAAUCUUAUAUCAAACAUGACCUACUGAUAUACAUCUUUUCAGAAAACGAGUCCUGCCUACUAUGAAUGAAAACCGAAACCAAAACUAGAAAAACCAUUCCGAGUCCAAGGAAGUAAGCAAUGACGAUCCUAAGUUUAAUUCGCUCAAACCUGUUUACAUUGGGCUUGUUACUACUCAUAGCAGGGUUUUCAUCUUCAAGUUGGAAAUCAUAUACUGUCUACAGUUCUGACAAUGAAACGUAUUCCGGUCAUCAGGGACUGUGGUACACAUAUCUCUCCAAUGACAGUGUCUCGUGUAUGGGAGGCCUCGGAUUCGAUACAGAUUCACGUGCGAGAGACAGUCUACAUACAGUGAGAAACUUACUUGUCGUGGCUUUAGGAUUUUCCUUCCUAUUCCUGGUGAUAUGCAUCAUUGGACAAUGUUCGCGUGACGAGGAUGACGAUUCCGAAGGAUUUCUAAACCUUCCUUGUUGUGCAUCGUUGGUGUUCAUGCUCAUUAUCUGGACUUUGGUUCUGUCGGCGACAUUGAUAUAUCAUCAGAAAAUAUAUGCUGGUUCCGAUGAUUAUCAGGAAGUCACUCGACACCAUUCCGGAUCGUUUUAUGUAAUGGUUACGUCUGUAGCGUUGUUAGGUCUGGCAGCUAUUGUGUGUGAUGGGAACCUGUUGAAGCUAAAUACCACAUUGAUUUAUGCAAUAAUUACAGUUCUACCAAAACUGAUUUGUGAUCUGUAUGAGACCGUGCCUGUAGACCGCCGUGGUCGGUACUUCAGCAUGUGGCUGCUACACCUCGGGCUCCUUACACUGUUUAGCGUUGGAAUGUUCCAUUCUUCCUGGUUCAGCAUGACCAGUACACGGUACAGUGAUAUCACAGUACAUAUUGGGAUGCUGAACCAGUGUCGUAACCAGUACUCUCUGACGUGCUGUAGUGGUAUCACCUACUUCUAUACAGAAACACCAGACUGGUUUUUCACCUGCCGUGACAUCACCGUAGUAGCAUAUAGCAUGUGUCUGCUGGCUGUUAUUUUCAGUUCCAUUCUCCUUUAUGUUCGAACUUUCCGAGUCCCACUUUUGAUCACCCAAAUAUAUACAGGUGUUGCGUUAGCUGUCAGCUGUGUCCAGUUUGGUAUCAAUAUAAAGGAUGAGGAAGGUGUUCACUCCCACUUUGAGGCUGCGUUCGUGAUCAAUGUUAUCGUCUCUGUCGUGUUUUUAUUCUUCCCUUUAGAAUAUUUAAUAGACAAAUAUGUCCUGAUCCAACCUGACAGCGGCAUCAUACAGUCAUCAAAUCGCACUGCCCGUGAACGGUCGUCUGCGUCUGGCCAGUCGUGGCGGGAGAGUCUACUUUCCUGGAAGGAGAGGAUGACAUUGCUGUUGAUACAUAGGAGAUCACGACUAGGGGCUCAAAUUCCCGUCAAUGACGAAACAGUUGAAACCGAGAGAUCUCAGACGAAUAUUCCAAUUCCCGUUACUGAAGAAAAAGAUGCCACAGAGUGUAAUAUUUGUAUGCUAAAUCCACGGGACACUAGACUUCAUCCAUGCGGUCACACGUGCUGCAGAGCAUGCGCCGGACAACUAGAAAGAUGCCACAUAUGCAGAGAUUUAAUACAAGAUAAUCAUAUUUUCUACUUAUAAAAUGAUAAACAAAAAAAUAUUUAUACUAUGAAAAGGGUAAGGGGCAAUAGUAAAUCAUAACAAGAUACUCAUCCCAAGGUAGAACUAUAACCAUGACUAUUGAAAAGCUACUUAACCUAAGAAUGAACUGCCAUAAUUUGCCAUGACAAGCAACUCGUCCUAACAAUAACUGUCAUAAUUUGCCAGGACAAUCUACUCAUCCUAAGAAUGAACUUCCAUAACUUUCCAUGACGACCAACUCGUCCUAACAAUAAACUGUCAUAAUUUGCCAUGACGACCAACUCGUCCUAACAAUAAACUGCCAUAAUUUGCCAUGACGACCAACUCGUCCUAACAAUAAACUGCCAUAAUUUGCCAUGACGACCAACUCGUCCUUACAAUAAACUGCCAUAAUUUGCCAUGACAAGCAACUCGUCCUUACAAUAAACUGCCAUAAUUUGCCAUGACAAGCAACUCGUCCUAACAAUAAACUGUCAUAACUUUGCCAUGACAAGCAACUCGUCCUUACAAUAAACUGCCAUAAUUUGCCAUGACAAGCAACUCGUCCUAACAAUAAACUGUCAUAACUUUCCAUGACAAGCAACUCGUCCUAACAAUAAACUGUCACAAUUUGCCAAGAAAAGCAACUCGCCCUAACAAUAAACUGCCAUAAUUUGCCAUGACAAGCAACUAGUCCUAACAAUAAACUGCCAUAAUUUGCCAUGACAAGCAACUAGUCCUAGGACUGAACUUGAUUAAUCUUCCACAAUUUAAGUAUGUGUGGGAUUUUUUUAAACACACAAAACAUUUUUCUACGAGGUCAGGGUAAUAUAAUCUUUUUUAUUGAAGACAUCAAGAAUUCUGAAUUCUGAUCUUUUUCUAUUCUGAUAAAGAUUGGACUACACUCCCCAAAGAAAUUAAAAAUAUAAAGCAACAGGAUGUUUUAAACUCUCUAACAAUGAUACAACUUUUUUUCGCAUAUGUCUAGUACCAGUGAAAACAUUCUCAAAGUUGGUAAUGUUUUUUAUCAAUUAGGAAAUGUCAAGUCCUGAUCUGGUAGGUGGGUCAUUUCAGGGUUUAACCUCAAAGUACUUUGAAACAGCAAAAAGUCUACAAAAAAUAAUUUUUUAAAUGUUAUUUUUUUAGAAAUGCUAAUUUUGGUAGUAAGAUGAGAUUACAAAUGUGUAAAAAAUGAACGCAAUGUUUGCUUAACGAUUAAUCUGUGAUUAUUAACAAAAAAUCUUCAUUUUCCGCAUGGCACACAUUUUGUUCGAUUUACAAAUGAUUUUGCUAGUAAAGGAAUCAUAAUAUGAAUAUACAUAUAUCGUGAAAUAGAUCUGAAGUCAAACUUUCAUACAAUUUCUUCAAUUUCCUUUCGGUACUAUUGUGUGAAAGAAACAUACAUGUAUUGAUAUCAGUUUAACCUUUAUUCUCCUAUGGUAGGUCCUGUCAAAAGAUUUAGCAGUUAGAUAAAACACACACAAAUAUAUUCACAUUUAUGAUACUCAAAAUCAUGGCCAUUGUUAACGGUUAAGUCAAAUGCACGACGUGAGGUUUUCAUCAACAUGGUUUUUCUUGAUUUGGAGAUAUCUUACCAAGAUAACAAUGUUGCUAAAAAAUAACUUGGGCUUAGAAAAUAGUCAAAUGCUCAUUUCAGCUUUUGCUGAAGUUAUUGUUAAAAUCUUACGUAACACAUAACUUAAUUGAGAUAUUGUUCAUUUGGGACUUUUAAACAGACUCUGUAUAGCAAGACUACUGGUUCAGAAAUAAAGUACACGUACCUAUUUGCCUAACAAGUAUUACACGUACACAAAUGGAUAUGGACUGUUUGGAAACAUUUGCUUAUCCUUUUUAAAAAUCACAUAUUACAGAAAUAGGAAGGUUUUUUUUCAGUUUGGACACAAAAUAACAAAAGGUUUGGUCAAAUAAAUUUGUUUUCUGCAUUUGUAAAAAACAUAAAAGCAAUAUUGUCAGGUUCAAAAAUCUUUUAAGUUAUUUUGAUAUUUUAAUGUUUUUCAAUGCAAUUCAUCUACUGUAACAUUUUUGAGAUUGGUACUUUAUAUCUAUAUAUAUUGUCAUACAAUAUAAUAUAAUUUGUAUAUAUAUAUUCCCAUCAUUACAAGACAGAACACCAUCUUAUAGUGUGUCUGUUUAUGUAAGGUAGAACAUUCUAUAUUGUUCAUGUUUAUAUAUGUAACUUUUAAUUUUAAAUAUUUUAAAUCUUUCGAUUUUCUUUGAAAUAAGCUGUUCGUUAGCUUCGAUGGGUUAUCCUUGGUAAAAGCUGCUUAAUAUACAAAAUGUAUGAUAUAAGGUGCUAUUAGAAUUCGUGUUAUAUUGUGAUAAGCUGCGAUAUAUUUUUUGGAAGAUGCAAUCAACAUGUGAUUUUUGUAUUUAUACAUGCUUUUACCGGAAUAAAUAUUAUUAUUACUCGUCCCGA